AAAUUACAUAUAAACCCUAGUUUCUCUCCAUUCUCUUUCUCUCAAAGGUUCUUUGUAUCUCCCUCUCCUCUCUCCUGCAUUUCUGCAGGAGAAUUUGAGCCCCUUCAAAGAAACCAAUUAUUAGUUAAUCACCCAUUUAAUUAUCUAGCCAUUUUAAAAGGAGAUCCACUCUCAUAAUUCUCACCUCUUUUUUCUUGAAUGGAAGAUAAUUCAUCCGCUGUUGUCUUCUCCAGCAAUACCCUAAUCAAGAACCAGAAUGGUGAUCCUGGUCACUGUUCCUUCAUCCCCAAGAAAAAGAAACGCGGCCCUAUGCAUUUCUUUAGGGUUGCUUUGUUUAUGAUAAAGUCCAAGAAAACGAAAAAUGCAAAAUCUGUCUCUAUUGAUGCAGUUUCUAUAUGGGAGAAGCUUUUUGGUCUGCAUGUUAAAAACGGGUCCAAAGAUCCACCGCGGCUAACGGAGGGUGAAACCGCCGCGUUGGCGCCGGUUUUAACGAACCCGGUUAUGGAACAUCUUGAGGUUUUUACGCCACCUAUGUCACCAGCUCAAGCAAGCGUAGCUUCAUCGUCUUCUUGUGGUAUGAGCCAAUAUGCAUCGGCAACGAAUCUUCAAGAUCUCGCUGGGGUCGAUGAAGGCGAUGAGAUCGACGAUGAGGAUGACGAUGAGGAUCAAGAAAUUGGUGUUAAUGGUGAGAAAGGUGGCGAUGAGAUGAUUGACCUCAAGGCUGAGCAAUUUAUUGCUCAAUUCUAUCAACAAAUGAAGAUUCAACACGAGACUUAUAAUAAUCGCCGCAACAGGCGAUCGAAUUUUAGCCAAUAAUUUUGCAAGAUUAUUAUCACAUACGUUGCAUGGCGCAUGCAUGGAUAAAUUUGGUAUGUCUUUGAGUUUCUGUUGUUGAUUAAGAUAUGGGGUUUGCAGGAUAUUGGAGAAAGAGGGAGAAAUGAGGAGAUAUGGCUUACGGGGAAAAAUAAAUAAAUAAACAAAUAAAUAAAGGUUUACAAUGGGUUGAUUUUAUUGUUUUAAAGAAAAAUUGUGUUGUAAAUUAGGUUUAAUUAAAGUGAUUUCUAGUUUUAAAAAAAGAAGUGAUUUCUGAUAAUUGAAGUGAAGGAGGAUCAUCGUAUAAAGUUGGGGCUGUGAUAUGCAUAAUAAAUUGAGGACGAUUACUAAGUUGGCGUAAUUUGUGUACUCUAUUUUUUCGACUAUGAUGUCGUUUUGUUAUUGUCUUUUUGUAAUUUCAUGUACUUGAUUAAUCAUUUUGUUUAUUAUGUGUAAAAACAAGAGAGGAUCCAAUGUAGCAAUUUUGUUUGAAGAUUAGGGAAAUGCAUGGAUCCAUAUUUUGAAUGUCAUGAAUAAAUGGAAAAAAAGAAAGAUCUAUUUCUCA